AUCAGCUUAUGAGUGUCAGACGUGUGUCAGUGCUUACUGUCAGACGUCCAGCUCUGUUUUAUAGGAAUGCUUAGGUGACACUUAACUCCAGUUUGGAAUUGAAGAGUUUCAGGGUUGCAUCAUAAUGGAGGACAACAUGCGCCGAGCACCACUGACUACGAACGGAUCAGUCAUUUUCUCACCUGAGAGUUGUGACAUUGACGUUUUAGACGAUGGGAGGACCAUCAGUGACUUCAUAGACUAUAAAAUAAAAGAGCGUGGUUUGUUGGACAAUGAAGAGCCUUUCCAUGUGGCAAAUCUAGACAACAUAGUGUCGAGGUACUACAGGUGGAUCACUAACCUCCCUCGAGUCAAGCCUUUCUAUGCAGUGAAGUGCAACAACACAGCAGCAGUUCUGAGGAUGAUGAAUGUUUUGGACACUGGUUUCGACUGUGCUAGCAAGGGUGAGAUCCAGAUGAUGCUGUCCCUCGGAGUGACACCUGAGAAAAUCAUUUACGCACAUACAACCAAACCGAUGUCACACAUCAGAUACGCCUGUGCUCAUGGAGUCGAUAAGAUGACUUUUGAUAAUGAGGAUGAACUCCUAAAAAUUUCUCUGUGUCACCCCAAAGCCAAACUGGUACUCCGCAUCGCAGUGGAUGACUCCAAAUCGUUGGUGAGACUCAAUUCAAAGUUCGGAGCCAGUCUGGAGUCAGUUGGUAAGCUGCUGGAACGUGCUGGAGAGCUCGACUUGGAGGUCAUCGGGGUCAGCUUUCAUGUCGGCAGCGGCUGCACUGACGGCGGGGCGUUCAGGCAGGCCAUAGCAGAUGCACGACGUGUCUUUGACAUGGGGAAUUUGCAGGGAUUCCAGAUGAGACUCUUGGAUAUUGGUGGAGGGUUCUCUGGGGCCGGAGGUGUUCAAGGAUCAUUUGAGGAGUGUUCAGAAGUCAUUAAUGAAGCACUGGAUAAAUUCUUCCCGCCUGACUGCGGGGUGAAGAUCAUGGCAGAACCAGGCCGAUUCUUCGUGGAAUCAGCCUUCACAGUGGCACUGAACGUCAUUGCCAAAAGAGUAAUCUUAGAUGAUAUGGACGACCACAGCGAUGAUGAGGAAAAGGGCUGUGACAGAACGAUGAUGUACUACCUUAACGAUGGAGUGUACGGUUCCCUGAGCUGCAUUAUCUUUGACCCAGCUAACGCCGACCUUAAACCAUAUCCUCACAGGGCUGUUGAGAACGGCGAGCGGCGAUACCGGUCUGUCAUCUGGGGUCCAACCUGCGACAGCAUCGACAAAGUAACAAGCAACUACUGGAUGCCUGAGUCUUACGUGGGGGACUGGCUUCUCAUCGACAACAUGGGCGCUUACACUCUUAGUGCAUCCACUGACUUCAAUAGCUUUGAAAGGGCUCACGUCUAUCCUGUCGUGACAGCUGAGACAUGGCACGCCUUAGACCUUUCUCACCUCUACAACAUUUAUUGAUAAGUCUGGGGCCGUAUUCACAAAGCUUCCUCGUACGAAGAGUUGCUCCUAGUGACGAAAUUCUUAGAACUGUGAAGUUUUCUUAGAAUUUCCUCUUAAAGUCAAGCCUAGGUCCUCGUAAAGAUGAAAGUUAUUCACGAGCAUCUUAGACCUGAAAAGAGCUCAAAAGGUGAAAAACUGUUCAGAGCAGGAAGGAGAACCUUAAAGAGGCUUAAGAGUUUCUUAAGCAGGGGAGAAAAUGGUGGAAACACAAAGAGGUCUGAGAUGUAUUCUCCAAACCUUAGAUCGUGCAGGGAUAAUAUGUGUGGUCGAUCCCAGAAGAGAUAUGCACACGUUUUCCACCUAAUGCUGGAAACACAUUGGUGCUGCGCCGCCAUGUGAUGCCAAGUGCUGGUCCUAGCACACUGGACACGUCGUUCUGCAGCUGGUCAACAGACGACCACGCGAAGUUAUUGUUACUGAAAGAUGCAUACUUCUUCCACCUUUGCGUUAGCUUCAAAUUAUGUGUGGACAGCCACUAAGUUGAUUUCUCACCUGAAGAGCCAAUCAACAGAGCUAUGACUCGCCAGGAAGUAUCUGUCUUUAUAAUGACAGGACUGUUGGUCGUUUAGCUCAGGAUAUUUCUCGACCUCAACAACGAGGUCUCUCUUCAUCCAUUCGUCAUCACACAGGAGACACAGCAAUAGCUACAGAGCUCUCUUUAUACAUCCAUGGUAAGGAGGGGAGUCGAGCUGCUACAGGAGCUUAUAAGCAGAGAGCGAGUGGGGAGAAAAGCAUUUAAUUCCAGGUGUAGUGAAGCUGAAAACAGGACAGUGGCGUGAGGUCCUUUCACAGUCUCAUACUGUGAUGCAGUUCAUUUCAUGUCCACUGGGGGUCCUCACACCUUACAGGCUCACAAAGGGUGUGACUGUGACAACCAAUCACACCUGUUUAUAAAAGCAUACCUAGCAACAGGGUCAACCACACCUCCUCACUACAGUAAAACAUUUUGUCCCUUCCUUGCUCAGCGUUGCUCUGAGAACUUUCCUAAAUCCCUCAAUCAGGACUCUUUAUUAAAACAUUUAGGCUGAGUUAGGAGCUCUCUGACAUGAUUCAUAGGAUGUUUGUGAAUACGGCCCCAGAUGACUUCUGUUGGACAAUGACUCAAUACAUGGUAAAUGGUAAAUGGUAAAUGGACUGCACUUGUAUAGCGCUUUUCAAGUCCUCCAAUUACUCAAAGCGCUUUUACACUACAUGUCACAUUCACCCACUCACACACAUUCACACUCUGAUGGCCGAGGCUACCAUACAAGGCGACACCUGUGACUCAGUAACCAUUCACAUGUGCUCACUCACUGAUGAAACAGCCAUCAGGAGCAAUUUGGGGUUCAGUAUCUUGCACAAGGAUACUUCGACAUGCGGACUGGAGGAACCAGCGAUCGACCUGCCGAUCUUCUGAUGAGUGGACGACCCGCUCUACCUCUGAGCCCCAGCUGCCUGAACAAACAUAGGCAUUUAACAUCUGUCAUCGAUUGGUCAGUUUGUCAGGCCUAGUGUGAAGAUUUUGUCAGGUAUAUUAAUUGCGCUGCACCUGCAGUCAGGGUACCCAAAUAUGCUCUGAUUGUGUUGUCAAUGUGCUAACUGGCUAACUAGCAUCAAGACGCUCUUCCUGUUUCCCUUUUUCAAUGAUGAAUACAGACGACCGCCAUCUGCUGCUGUGGAGACUUAUUUCCUCUCAGCAGGAGCACAACAUAUGUGCUGGUUGGCCGUCAGCUGGAGUCUUUGCUGUGUGUUGAUGUGCAAAUUUUUGGCCGGGACACAGGCAGCAUAAAGCAACACAAAAGUCCGCUUUCGUUGAUGCUAGUUCUGUGAAGUUGGUUUGGUGCAUCUGGGCCUUGAUCAAGACAUCUUUCACCCUUCAUCCGGUUAAAACAUGUAGUUAAAAAUGACUAAGAUCUAAAAAGUGUAUCGUAAAAGUCAGUUUUUGACAGCUUUUGUGAGAAAUUGAAAUCUCAUCUGAAAAAUUUGUUCUUUUUUUUUUCUUCUUUUUUUUCUUUUUAAACAUCUUGAUGUUUUGUGGCGGUCUGAUGUAAACAAGAGAUAUCUCAACCAAGUUUGUUGGUCCAGAUCUGGAUCUGAGUCCUCUAACUUCAACACAUUUUCACUCCCAUCACGUCAAAAAACAACGGGCUCGGUACCCUCAUGCAUCAGUUUUGGACAUUUAGGGAUGGCGAGUCAAUCUUUGCUUGUUACAUGCAUUCUCUCUUUUAUUACACUUACACUUUUGUUGGAAAUGUAAAGUUACUGUUCGUUAAAUGUGCACAGUCUUUUUUUAAAAUAAAGUUUCAUGUAGGCAAAACACUUUUUUUGGUUUACUUCCUUAGGUUUGGAAAAAACCCACAAUGGUUUGGCUUAAAAAUAAGGAUGCUUGUAAGGAACAUAAUAACAUCAUGUGACAUACGACCCUAGCCUAGGAUGCUAAACAUUAUACGUUGUUAUUGAAACUCCAACUCCAACUCCAACACGACACGAUCAGUGGGCUCCCAGAUUAAAGUUUACUUCACCCAUCCACCUCCCCUCCCUCCUGCCCUGUGCGGACUUUCUUGCUCUUAAACUGCCCUUGUUGCCUGGAUUGUUAACAAACGCUGACACCCAGGUCAUCUUGUAACGCUGCUAAACAGUGCCUCUGUGCGUCAGUUUCUGACACCGAUGGGCCAGUGAAAGAGCAUCUGUUUUCGACGAGUUGGGAGUAAGACAGGGUUGCUGAUUUUGGGUAUCUUGUAAGACUGAAGAUGUUUCACACUGGAGAUGUUAAGACUUCAAUAAAAGUCCACUCUCUGCUGAA